AAUGCAUAUUUGCUCCUAAACGCAAACAAAUGAAAGAGAGCAAAAUCCCAAAAACCUCCCAAAGUUUGAAACUUGAAACUUGAAAAUGGAUCUCUACUUGUACGAACAGAGAUUGAGAGACGAAGUGAUCUACCUCCACUCUCUCUGGCGCCAAGGCCCUCCCACCGCCACGACCACCACCACCAACAAGCGAAACAGAAUCCAAAACGACAACAUUUCCAAUGCUCCCAACAAAAAGAAUAGAACGAACGACGACGACGACAACAACAACCUCCGCCUCUCCGAGCCCGGCCCAUGGCCGACUCCUGCCCAAUUCCCCACUCCGGCGUCCUCCUCCGUCGGCCCGGCGACGGCCCAAGAAAUGGCGACGCACUAUGCUGCUCUGAAGCUGCAACACAGAGCGUCGAACGCUUUCAGAGAAUCCUUCCCGAAAUCCGAUGAAGACGGCGGAGGGGAUGCCAAGUACCGGUUUUUUUUUAGGGUUUUCAUGGAGGGCGGCGAGUUGAGGAGGUAUUACGAGGAGAAUUCCGAGUGCGGCGAGUUUUAUUGCUUGGUUUGCUGCGGAUUAGGGCAGGAGAAGAAGAAGAAGAAGAAGAAGAAGAAGAAGAAGAAGAAGAAGAAGAAUUUGGGAAAAAUGUUCAAGACUUGCCUAGGGCUUGUUCAUCAUUCGGCUAGGAUGGCGAAGACGGAGGGGAAUUUCUCUCACAAGGCUUUUGCGGAGGUUGUUUGUAGGGUUUUGGGUUGGGAUUUCGAUCGGCUUCCGAUCAUCGUCUCGAAAGGCGAACCGCUCAGCCGAACUCUGUCUGAAAAACUGAUUAGCAAUUCCCCAUCAGCAGGAUUGGAAAGGUCAGCUUUGCCUUCUCCAGCAGGAUUAGUUUUGGCUGAAGAACAGGCAAGGUUUGCUGCAAUGCAGUUUCAGCACAAGGCCGUGAAAGCUUGCCGAGAAUUUCUUGCAAGCCAUUCUGGUUCAGGCAGUGAUGAAUCUAACAAUGAAGAUGAGGAAGAAAGUUAUGAAUCUAAUAGUGAAGAUGAGGAAGAAGACCCUUCUGAGGACAGUGAUGAGGAAGAUCCUUCUGAGGAGAGUGAUGAGGAGGAUGGAAAUGCGUCCAAGGAUUGUGAAGUGUUUAAAUUCUUUGAGAAGUUAUUUAUGGAGGAUGGAAAGUUGUGGGACUAUUACAUGAACAAUUAUGAAGAUGGGGAGUUUUGUUGUCUAGUUUGUGGUGGGAUGGAGGAAAGUGUAUGGAAGAGCUUUAGGGGUUGUGUUGCACUUGUUCAACAUUUAGCUGCAACAUCAAAUACAAACAAGAAACUGGCUCAUAGGGCUUAUGGGCAAGCUAUUUGUCAGAUUCUUGGUUGGGAUAUUAAUAUAUCAAGAGGUGAAUCUCUCAGUCAAACUUUGGCUAAGCUGGGAAACUCACAGGGACGUAAGCGACCGCUGGUCUCUAGUUCUGAAUGGCCAUGUGAAAAGCCCGCGGAGAGUUCUCCCUCAGCAGUAUUAGAAUGGCCUCCUUUCGCGCUUCGCUCAGCUUCAGCAGUGAGUUCACUUUCAGCUGAAGAACGAGCUAAGUUUGAUGCAGACCUGCUGCAACAUAAGGCUGUGAAAGCUUGCCAAGAUUUUUUGACAAAUAAUUCUAGUGCGAAAAGUGAUGAUGAUGAAGAUGAAGAUGCGUCUGAGGACAGUGAUGAGGAUGAAGAUGCGUCUGAGGACAACGAUGAACAUGAUGAUGAGGACGGGAACACAGAUGCAUCCAACAAUGCUAAAGAGUUCCAUUUCUUUUUGCAAUUAUUUAUAGACAACAACAAAUUGAGGGAAUUUUACGUCAAGAAUUUUGAAGGUGGGGAAUUUUGUUGUCUGGUUUGUAGUGGGAUAGGGAAUAUGGUGUGGAAGAGGUAUAUAGGCUGCGUCGCACUUGUGCAACAUUCAAAUUCAAUAUUAAAGACGAAGAAAAAGGUGGCUCACAGAGCUUAUGGGAAAGUUAUUUGUCAGGUUCUUGGUUGGGAUUUUAAUCGGUUUCCAUCAAUUGUGUUGAACGGUGAAUCUCAUGGUCAAUCCUUGGCGAAGUUGGACAGUUUGCAGGGUGAACCCGAGGAAAAUUCUGAUGGUCAUAAAAAUGAUUUGUGUUGUAAAAACAAUUUGGAUUCUUUGGAUGGUGAUAAUAAUAGUGAAAUAGUUUUAGAGAAGUCAUCUGAAUGACACGUCAAUGACUUGUGAGUUGCAUGCGAAUUGUAGUUCGCAUGCUGAAUCCUUGGAAAACUCAGCCGAGUUGCAGGAUCAACCUGAGGGAAACUAGAAGCUCGUGUUCUCCAGGAAGAGACUCCAAAGACUCUUGAAUUAUUAGAAAGGAUUCACUUCAUAAAAAUGGUACUUUUCAGAGUAAAACUGCUCUUUAAACCAACAGCUUGCUUAAGAGUUGUACCACUUCUAAUUUUCCGUAUAAGAAGGGGAACCAUUGAAGUGAAUUACCUAUCUUUGAUGGACAAAGUCAUAGUCCCAACAAGGUUUCUCCUUGCAACAAGGCUAGAGCUUUUUGCCUUGCGAAGGCCGGAGUAAGGAUGAAAAUGCAGAUGUCGAAGGAAAUAUUUUGCGUUUGAAUUUACGAAAAUAUUGUGGAUUUGAAUUUAUGGAAUUAUUGAUGGAUAAUGUUGGUGUUUGAAUUUUUCUUUUAAAUAAUGGAUAUUUGCAUAAGAAAAUGUAAGUUUC